CUCCACCUACUCUACUAUCUAGACUAAAUUUAAAUUUAGUAACAGUGCGACGAUUUUAUGCGGAAGCCGGUGGCGACUUUACACAAUUCUUCUUUCACGAGAGGCAAUACGUUGGAAGAGAGUGAGUCCUAAUUAAGCGAGGCUCCAGUUGAGGGACGACGGACAAUGGGUCAGGGUCUGUCAGGCGCUAGGUCGCCUCCUACCACCGCUAGAGGCCUAGAGAGUGGAGAUGCCGCUUCCAGAGAAAGCCAUACGCUCUAUGGAGCACCGUUACAAACGGGAUCGCUGUCUACUCGUCUAGGAACUCCCGGCAUUGUUGUUCAACCCCCAACACCAAACCAGAUGAAAGUAUAUCCGGUUGUAUUGCGAUGGACCGGUCGUGGACGUGAUGUGUGCGUGUCUGGCAGCUUUAACAAUUGGCAAACCAAGCUACCACUUUACUCCAGCCAAGGCGAUUUCAGUACAAUCCUCGAACUUCCCGAAGGUCAUCACCAAUAUAAAUUUUUUGUCGACGGAGUAUGGAUGCAUGACUCCGAUGAGACGACUGUUUCUGAUAACUUCGGCGGAAUGAACAAUAUUAUGAUGGUCAAGCCUAGUGAUUAUGACCUUUCUGAAGCUAUUGAUGGCAGUUUGGAGUAUACAGUCGGUGUGGACUCGAAGCUGUCUUCUACACCGCCUGGUGAAUAUGCUCAGGAGGUCCCUGAAUUGCCAUUUGGUAGUGGUCCUACUCCUCCUCCUGUAUUGCCAGCGCAGUUAAUGCAGGCUAUAUUGAAUGCUGAACCAGAGAGUAAGGAGGAUCCUAGUCUGUUGGCGGAACCGAGUCACGUGAUGUUGAAUCACUUGUAUGCGUUGAGUGUGAAAGACGGUGUGAUGAUUUUAGGAGCGACACACAGAUACAAGCAGAAAUAUGUCACCACGAUGUUGUACAAGCCAAUAAACUAGACAGGAUGAAAUUGUGAAACACUGGUAGUAGAUCUAUAUUACACAGCAACUUAAUUAACAUGGAAUCGGUGGUUUGUUGUUUUAUUCUUGUAUUGGGCUGAUAAAUGCACUUUGAAAGUAAUAGUAAUAAUUUUUGUCAAGUGCCAUUAGGAUAAAUUAGUUUGUAUUCUAG